ACGAGUCAGUCGUGUGUAUAGUAGUGGCAACGGCAGCAAGAAGAAGAAGAGCCAAGCAAAGGGCCUCUAUCCAUCAGAUAGCACACGCACGUACCGACUUCGCGGAAGACAAUGGCUGGUGGCAAAGCGGGCAAAGAUUCUGGCAAGGCCAAGGCGAAGGCAGUAUCACGUUCAGCGCGGGCAGGUCUCCAGUUUCCUGUUGGUAGAAUUCAUAGGCAUUUGAAAAACAGAACCACAAGCCAUGGACGUGUUGGUGCCACAGCUGCUGUUUACAGUGCUGCUAUUUUGGAGUAUUUGACUGCUGAAGUGCUAGAGUUGGCGGGCAAUGCUUCGAAGGAUUUAAAAGUAAAGCGUAUAACACCUAGACAUCUUCAACUUGCUAUUCGUGGUGACGAAGAACUCGACAGUCUCAUCAAAGCAACUAUUGCGGGUGGUGGUGUUAUACCACAUAUUCACAAAUCUUUGAUUGGCAAGAAAGGUUCCCAGAAACCUGCAUAAGAUUAAAUUAAUUCUUUAAGUAUUUGAAUUUAACACAGCAAAGAUUUUUGUCAAAAAAUCAGUAAGAGAAAAAUAAAAGCGUUGGAAAUAAAGAAGAAAAUAUAUAUUAUGGGAGGAACUAGGAAAAUCAGUAAGGCAAAGCAAGAGAGCAAAGAUAAAGCAGUAAUUGUUAAAAAAAAUGUAUGUACCUACGUUGCUAAGCUGAAGAGACAGGCGUGAUAUAAAUAUAUAUAUAUACAUAGUUAUGUAUAGAUAUAAAGUAAACAAGUGAUCGACAACGUCAUUUAAUUAGUUAAAUGAGUCUUUUUAACCAAUGUCAAGGUUUACUUUUAAAUCAGACAAUCCUCAAAGUCGAUACGUUCUAGCAUCGUCUCAAGAAUGCCUCGAUGUUGAUGGAAACCUUGAUUUGCUCUAAAAAAAACUCGGCCUCUGCUUUUUCCAGUUCAAUGUUUCGACUUUUCAAACAAGAUUAAAGAUUUUUUACCUAAUUUUAUCGAUUUUUAUUAAAUAGUAUGACAUUUUUUGCAUAGACAUCAUCAUUGCUAGCUCUUACAAUGCCAAAUAUGUAAUAAAUUAAGUAGAACAUUACUUUUCAAGUUUGCAAAUGGUAGUUCCAAAUUAUUGAAUAUUUGUUCGUGUGGUUGAAAAAAGUCUCCAAUCCUUUUUAUGCUAGAAUGUUGAUAAGCAUCUGUUAACUAUUAUCGAUGUUUCUCAAUAUUUGAUUAACUUAUUACUGUAAUCCUUUGGAAAGUCGAUCGUGAACUAAGUUUAUUACUAAAAUUAAAGAGACUUAAACUACUAACGCUUUCUUAAAUUAGUUUCUUUGUCAAUUGGAGAUUUUUUGAAGAAAAUCUAAUCCGAUAUGGUCAACAAAGGAUUCAUAUAAGAGUUGGUUACAUCAAGUCAAGAUUUUUUGUCUCAAUCUACAUUAUAGAAAUUAGUGAUCAACACGUGUGAAAUUAAUAAUCAUUCAUUUAGAAAUCCAAACAAGUUUUCUACAGUAAGAUUGUUGACCUUCUGGUUAGAUUGAGUUUUUGCAAUACUUAAAGUUCGUUCAUAGUAAAAGAUCAUUUGACAUAGAUUUGCUUGUAAAAUUUUUUUCUAAUUGAAUGUAAGAUUUGGGUAAUGAAAAAUGUAUGUUGUCUACUUGUAAGUCUGUGAGUUAACAAUAUUUUUUUCUGUAACCCAAUAUGAAUAGUGUAAAAAUUUCGAGAAAGCUACAGUUUUUCAUUCAUUUAUUGUGAAUAGUCUCUAAUUGUUAUGCUAAAAUUUAAUUAGGUUAAGAUAAUUGUCCAGUACACUCGCACAUAUAUUAUUAAAAUGCGUAAAAACAAUGCUGGACGUGAUUUCCAGUAAUAUGUAAAACGUUCAUUUUCAUAAUAAAGGUCGAUUUUAUUAAA